CCAAAAUCGGUUGUGAACUUAUGUGACAUGAGCUGUUUUCCAAUUACAUGUGAAUUAUUUCCUGGAUGUAUGACAUAUAUAAUUGUAAGAGUAUAUUAACACAAUGUGAUUAUUUUACAAUUAUAUUAAUUGUUUCGUUUCAGGUUCGAUUGGUUGUAACAGUUUCUUAACACAAGGGUGUUUGCUUAACAUAUAUAUAGGAUUUCGUGUGAUACAUAAUGGCUAUACUCUAUUGAUACACGUAUUUGUUUUACAAUCGUUUGUGAUUUAUAUUGUAUGAUAUAUGAAUGUAACAGUUUACUGACACAAUGGUGGAGGCAAUGAAUGCAACAGCAGUUUUAAAUAGUACCAAUCUGACUGACAUAGAUGAUUACUAUGGCCCAGCUCUUACAAGUUUUUUCUCUGUUUGGUUGAUCAUCAUAUUGUUAUGCUCCAUUAUAGGAAAUAUUCUCGUUAUGUCAGUGAUUUUGUUUAAUAGAAAAAUAUGCAACAUACACAGCAGCACGAAUUUGUUUUUGUUUAGUCUUGCAAUAUCUGAUAUAAUGACCGGAGUAUUCAUUGCUCCUGUGUCUCUAUACACACUUAUACAAGAGCAUUGGGAUUUGGGAGAUUUUUUAUGCAAUGUUAAUCUUUUUCUAAACGCAACAUUUUUGUUCACAUCUGUUCACAGUUUGAUGUACAUAAGCAUUCAUAAAUACUUAUCUGUUAAGCGUUUAUCCGAAUGUAAUGUAAUUCCAGUUAGUAAAUCUGCAUGUUAUACGAUGAUUGUAGCGUCGUGGGGAUGGGGAAUUUUCUUUGCUCUCCUCACUACUUUGUACCUGAGCGGAGGCGAAUACAAAGCUAAAACUAUACAGUGUGGACCAAAGUAUCCGUUUCUUAAUAUUAAGUCAGUUGUAUUAUCUUCAGGAAAUUUAAUGUUGAAUUUCAUGAUGCCUCUCAUUAUUAUGAUAAUAAUGUAUUCGAGGAUAUACUCUAUAAUAAAGGAUGAUGCAGUAUUUCGACGCAAGUCAUCAAAACAACAAAAAGAUAUUAGGAGCCGUUCGGAUCGAAAGGAUGUAAAUGAAAAGGCCGUCAUUCAUACCUUAGUUAUCAUCUUAAGUUGUUUUAUUAUAUGCUGGCUUCCAUACAUGAUCUACACAAGCUUCAUAUUUUUCACAAUUGACAGAAAGACAAUUCCAGCUUUCAUGAAUCCUUUGGCUUAUUGCUUUGGGUUUUCCAGUAGCGCAUGUAAUCCAGUCAUAUAUGCAUUCAGAUUUCCAGAUUUCAAGAACGGCUACUUGCAAAUCUUUAAGAGGCUAUCUUGUCGAAUAUCAAAAGAACCCGUUUCGUAUCAUGCAAAUGAUCCUGAUGACACAACAAAACAGAUAGAUAUUGAGGAAUGCAAUGAAAACGAGGAUCAUGACACUGUUAAAUGAGAUAAACAUAAACCUGGGAUAUCCAAAUGAAAUAUAGAAACAGAUUCAGUGCCAUUUACUUUAAGGGGAAAGAAACAACGUUUUUCGUAAUGUAAAAAGGAAGAAAAAAAUCAUCAGAUUGAAAACCACAGGAGAUUUAUUCAAAUUUACGGCAGUUUUUGUGGUUUUUAUUGUAGCUUAUAGAACAUGUUCAUACCUACGGUGCUUAUAGGAUCUUAUAGUAUUAACUGUAUAUUUAUAUUCUAAACAAUAACACUGUACAUUCAACACUGUAUAAUCAA